CCUAAACUAUCCAAUGAUCAUUCCCAAGUAGCAUCUUGUUUUGUUUUUUUAUUUCGGUGAAGCCAUUGUCCGCAAUAAAGUAUAUGCAAUGCUCCAAAAGAUGAGCACACAGAAAGCGGGGUUUUUCGUCUGAUGUUGAGUCGGACCAACAGCGGAAGAACAGACGCGGCCUUUAGCCGGUCCUUACUAGCCAGAACAUCUGGAUCAGAUCUGUACUUCAGUCCUUCCAACUCCAGCUGACUUCCUGAAUCUAGUCCGGUUUGAGCAUCGGCUACUUUGCAGGGCAAUAUGUCUUCGGAUUCGCAGGUGUACGAUAAGAUUGUUCAUGUUGAUGCAUCCCGCGCCAUAAAGGACAUCGGUUAUGCUCGAUCCGUGACCGCUCAAGCACCUGCAUUCGUGGUCUACAAUGAUGCUUUCCUCGACCUUCUUGGCGGUUCGCCGCAAAUCAAGCUCGUUGAGACUCGCGAUUACGAAUUUGCCCAUGAAGCUGGAGUUUUCAGUCCUUUGACCAAUUCUGUCUUCUUCACAAGCAACUACCAAUCUUCUGAUCCAGUCGAAAUUCACAGCGUCGACUGUUCAACUCUAGCCAUCACCAAAGUCGCCUGGCCGGAAGUUCAUCAUGGCAAUGGGGCAUGCCAGUAUCAAUCGAAAGUCUUGUAUUGUUCACAGGGUAGCCGCUCCGUGCCAUCGAGCCUUGUUCUCGUCGAUCCCUUGACCAACGCUUCUGAAACUCUGAUCAACAACUUUUAUGGCAGAGAAUUUUCAUCCAUUAAUGAUGUUGUCGUGAAUCACAAAACGGGAGAUAUUUGGUUCACAGAUCCAACGUACGGCUUCGAACAAGCGUUCCGGCCCAGUCCCACAAUGCCUGUGCAGCUAUAUCGAUUUUCUCCUGCCAAGCAUCAGGUCUGGAUGGUAGCAGAUAGCUUCACGCAAUGCAAUGGCUUAUGUUUCAGCGAAGACUACAAGCGAAUGUAUGUCACAGAUACGGGUGCUAUCCAAGCCCAUGCAGGUCCCGGGGAUGGACACCAAUUCUCUUGUAAUCCACGGCUCCCAGCCACUAUCUACGUCUACGAUGUAAUCCACGGCCAGAGGCUACAGAAUCGUAGAGUAUUUGCUUAUUGCAAUAAUGGUGUGCCGGAUGGGAUCAAGUGUGACCAGUACGGGAAUGUAUAUUCCGGCUGCGGUGAUGGGGUACAUGUUUGGGAUACUGAGGGGACAUUGAUUGGGAAAAUCAAUGUGGGUGGUACUACGGCGAAUUUUUGUUUUACAGACAGUGGUCUUUGGUUAUUCGCGGAGAAGAAGUUGUUUUUCUGUCGAUUUGGUACUAAGGGAGCUUUGGUCGAUAUCGAGUGUUCGCGUUAAUAAAUUGCAGUAUACAAAAGGUCUCUAAAACUCGUGCCGACUGAGAUGCCAUAAAAAUAGUAAAGUUGUAAAAUGUUAGGGACAUAUAGCUGCAUAUAUCGCAAUGAUUACCU